AUGGGUGGCUCGCAUAGCAAGUCUUACAGCCUCACAGAGGAUAUACGGAAAUCAACCGUAGGGACUACCAGUUUGUCAGCAGAGGAGCCAUCGACCUCUCAUCACCGUCAUCACGGCUUUGAUGCAGACCGGGAUGCCAAGAAGCUGCAUAAAGCCUGCAAAGGAGCRGGAACUGACGAAAAGACAAUUAUUGAAAUCUUGACAAAUCGAACAUCGGAGCAGAGGCAACAGAUAAAGCAGAAGUACAAGGCUGCAUUUGGCAAGGAUCUGGCAGAGGUGCUGAAGGGCGACCUGAGCGGCGACUUCGAGAAGAGCGUGCUGGCCCUGCUGGACCGGCCCUGCGAGUACGAGGCCCGAGCGCUGCGCAAGGCCAUGGAGGGCGCCGGGACCGACGAGUCGCUGCUCGUCGAGGUCCUGUGCACGCAGAGCAACAAGCAAAUCAUAUGCAUAAAGGAGGCGUACAAAAGGCUGUUUGACAGGGACCUGGAGUCUGACGUUAAAAGUGACACAAGCGGCUCCCUACAGAAGAUAUUAGUCACUGUACUGGAGGCAAACCGAGAUGAAGACCAAGAGGUCAACGCAGUGCUGGCCGGGCAGGAUGCCAGAGAGCUGUAUGAGGCAGGGGAAGGCCGCUGGGGAACGGACGAGCUGGCUUUCAACGUGGUCCUAGCAAAGAGGAGCUACCCGCAGCUGAGAGCUACUUUUGAGGCCUAUGAAAAGCUGCAUGGGAAAGACAUAGAAGAAGCCAUUAAAAGUGAAACAUCUGGAGAUCUGGAGAAGGCCUAUCUCACUCUUGUCAGCUCUGCCAAAGACUGCCCAGGUUACUUUGCUACACUUCUGUACAACGCAAUGAAAGGAACUGGGACUGAUGAAGAGACCUUGAUUCGCGUYCUUGUGACCCGGUCUGAGACUGACCUGCCAGCAAUAAAGGAGAAGUACCAGCAAAAGUACAACAAGUCACUAGCUGAAGCUGUCCAGUCUGAUACCUCUGGGGACUUCAGAAAGUUGCUGCUGGCUCUUUUACACUAAAAAGCCAUCAAGAACAGAGAGGCAUGCUGAGCAGCCACCUCUUGAUUAAUUUCCAAAGUAGCAUCCAAAAAUGUGGCAUUAGCAAAAAGAAAAAAAUCCAAUUUAUUUUC